AUGCAGCAUUUACUCUACUAUCUUUUUAUUAUAAUAUUUGGUUUACAAAUUUAUCAUGCAAAAAUAUUAAAUGGUUGUCGAUUUGUUAAAAAAUUUUAUAAUACACAUCCAAAUAUAUUUGAACUUAAUAAAAAUCAAACAUUAUUAACUGUACGACCAUUAUAUGCAUUAUCAAAUCAAUCAUUUUCAUCUAUUAAUCAAUCAUUAUCAAUUGGAAUUAUUUAUCGUUUUGCUAAUACAUAUUUAGUACCUGUACCAUUACUUUUUGAAUGUUCAGAAAAUGAACAAAUUUAUACAGCAAAUGAUUGUGAAUUUACAAUAAUUGAUAUUCGAUCAGAUUCAUCUACCCGGACGACAGAACCAACACGUACAACAACUGUUCCACUUCAUUUUCAAGAAUAUUCUUCAUUAAAUACAUAUUCAUUACAUGGUGCUUAUUUUAAACAAUCAACAAUUGCUUUACGAAAUUGUCAUUUAAUAUCAAAUGAAAAAUUUCUUAUAUCAGAUACAUUUCAUUUACAUAUUGAAUUUGAACAAACAAUUGGUACAAAAUGUUCUGAAAAAUGUUUACAUUCUCAAUUAUAUGAAUGUUCAUCAUCAUCUCAUACAUGUCAAUGUCGUUUAAGUGAAAAAUUUGGUCAUCUUUGUAUUGAUACAGAACUUAUAUCAAAUUGUUCUUAUACACCAGAACGUUGUCGUCAUUUAUGUCAUAUACAAAAACAAAUUCGUACAGGUCAAAUUGAUCAUUAUUGUCAAUGUCCAUUAGGUACACGACGUAUAUAUUCAAAUAAUAUAUAUCAUUGUGAAUUACCAAAAUUAAUUGAAUGUGAUAGUCAACAUUCAAUAACAACAUGUCCUAAACAUUAUAUAUGUCAAAAUAAUCAAUGUAUACAAACAUUGUUAUCUCGUCGUAUAAAUGAAUCAAUAAUAUCAUUACCAUUUAUAUUAAUUGGUUUGCUUAUUGGUGCUUUAUUAAUUAUAGUUAUACUUAUAAUGGGUCUUUUAAAAAUGCGUUCAGUAAAAUGUGUUAAAUUUGUUCAUCAAAAAAAUGUUUUAUCAAAUCAUUCAGUUAAUUCAUCACCAGCAACAAUAACACGUUUAUCAACAGUACCAUCAUCAUCAUCACCUUGUUCAACAUUAUCAUCAUCAUCAAAAUCAACAAAUAAAAUAUUAGAAAAAUAUACAAAAAUUGAUUUAUUUGAAUGA